UCUCACAUAAAACUCGACAUACCGUACGAAGACGCCUACGCAAUAUCCUCCGACAGGACCACCAUAUAUUUCACUGGACUGACACCAAUGACCGCCGAAGCUGAACUUGCAGUCUACUUUUCCGAAUUUGACAUCGCUACAAAGGCCAAAGUCGUGACUGAUAGAAUCACCGGCUUGUCCCACCGCUUCGGUUUUGUUACCUUCAUGGACAGAAAGGUUUUCGAGAGUGGUGUUUUGGAGGCUUGUCACUUCAUCAACGGCUCUCGCCUCAAGGUAGAGCUUCAGAGAACUCAUACCCAAUCUCUUCCUAUUAGGAAUCUGGUCGCAGAGGAUAUUCAGUCUUCAAUUAACUGUCUUUAG